ACCCAUAGUCAUGUCGCUUGACCACACCCAAUUACAUCUCCAACGGUUGGUGCGAGCGGUGGUACCAGAGGUCUUGGGUGCUUCGUGUUCAAAUAGCCUCUUUAAUGACCUCUGGAGCCUUCUCCACCACGGUGGCCCGUAUUUUGCGGCUGCCGACAUCGACCUCAUCCUCAACAAGUACAAGCAGACGUUCCUCUACCACAACUUGGAGCGCGAAUGGGCCACAUUUCUGUCGACAAUCACUCAGCUCCUUGCAAACAACACGCUUCUGCAGGCGCGGGAAUUUCUCCUGUUCUUCAACACCAUCCGUGCCGAGGAUGCGUACUCUGAGGGAUCGCACCGGUCUUUCCAGUCGGCGGGAUCGGAUAAGGAUUCGCUCAAAGAGAUAAUCCAGCCGUAUUACGGAAACACAUACGAAGACGAGGCUUUGCAUUAUCUCUCGUACACGCUCCUUGGUUCGACAUCCAAGCACUUUCCCUUUGACGUUGCGAGCAUCGAGCUACCGGCAAACAUUAGCAACAGCAUCAGCGGCUUGCUCCACAAGCUUUUUGAGCCCGCGAUCCUCUACAAGAAGAUGUCAGAUGCAGUGAGCUCCAAGGGGCGGCUGCGAUCGCUCCUCAAGAAUGCUUACGCCAGCGCCUUGUCGAAAGAGCUACAAGGAUAUGUAAAGCUUGUGAAUAAUUUGACGCGACAGAGCGUCUCGUUGGUCCAAAUAUACCUGAGUUUGUACGACGAGAUCCUCCGUUUGCGGGUGUUGUAUGGCCUAACCGAGAAGCUCGAUGUGAUACUGGGCGGUGACUUACUCACAGAGGUCUACCGCCUCACAGAGUACGGCGACCCCUUGAUAAAGGCCUUGGGAGACGGAUUGUUCGCCCAGGUAUGCAAACCGUACUAUCAGAUCUUGGAGAACUGGGUGCGCGACGGUGACCUCAGCGACCCACACGCGGAGUUUUUCAUCCGCGCGGACCCGCGCGAGCAAGGCCUAUAUCAGCUCAGCUACAGUGCUGCAGACAUGCCUGCGUUUCUCCCGGCUGAGCUCGGCCUUAAAAUCUAUCAACUUGGAAAGAUGAUUGUAUUCCUCAAGGCGUACUGCCACGAAUUGAACUGGCUUAGCCGUUACAGCACCCGGGCGCGCCAGCUCAUGUACGCAGAGACCAAAGGGUUUGAGGCGAUGUCUAUCACAAAGCUCACCACCGUGAUUGCACUCCAGCAUGCAGAGGUGCUCAACCACUUCACUAACGUGGUGCACCACAAGUACCACUUGAACACUCACUUGGCAGCUCUAAAGAGCUUUUUGUUCAUGGGAAAGGGCGACUUUAUCCAGACGCUUCUUGCGAGAGGUGCUGCCAUUUUUAAUGAGCCGUCCAACGCCAUUUCAGCUCACCAAUUAACGUCCGUGUUGCUGGAGGCGGUCCACGCAACCACCGUCAGGGCGUUACCGCAAGAGGUGUUGCAGAACUUGGACGCGCGGAUUCUCGGCUUGACCCAUGGGAAUAUCGGCUGGGACGUAUUUACGCUUGAAUACAAGGUCCACGGCCCGUUGGAGUUUGUGCUCAACCAUCGCAAUGUCUCGUCUGAAUACUUGCGCAUGUUCAACUUCUUGUGGAAGCUCCGGCGCACACAACAUAUACUUGGUGUCAACUGGAAUGAGUUCCGCCAUCUCCAGAAGAACACGUUGCGGCAGGUAAGCUGCGAUGUCAGAGCCUUCAAGGUGCAAAUCAACCGUGCGACGAGCGGGGCGAUGUCGAAUCUCGACUCGCGUUAUAUCUGGGUGGUGAGCAACUUAAAGCGGAUCAACAUUGCACGUAACAAGUUGAUCGGGUUUGUCACAGUGCUUCUGGACUUUUUCAACUCCGAAGUUAUCGAGCGGAACUACCAAGUCUUGCAGCGCCAGAUGCGAAAGUCACCUGACAGCACGUACCAGUACCAGGAAUCUGAUGAGAGUCUAGCGUUGUUGCUACCGACGAAGGGCUUCUUGCAGACUCAUAGGAUUAGAGCUACUGACUUGCCAGAGCCCGAGGUGGUUGCCUUGGAGGAUUCAGAGUUCACUAUCGACGAGUUGGUCACAUUACACUCCAACUACUUGGUUGCCAUCACCCGCCACCGCCUCUUGAAUAACUCUGCAAGCUCCCAGGGCCGGUUCUCCAGUCGGACGUUCAUUGCCACGAUUUACGACUUGCUUGAGCUUGUCCAUCUGUUUUCCGGCAGUACGUCCGAGUUUGGUGACUUGGUGGUUAGCCUCAUGACCAACAUCCAGCUCCGCACCGGUCAGGAUGACGGUAGUGAUAGUGCCAUCGAAGAGAAAUUACAAUACACCCUGCGACGCGUCAAGGAGUUGGCGCAGCGGUACGACGAGAUCAUGGCUGUAUUUGUCAAGGACUUGCGUGGUGAUAGUCUGCCCGAAGUGAAGUUCCUUGGGACGUUGUUAACGGUGUAAAGCAUUUGUAUAUAACGAACGUUUUGCCAGUGGAGAUUAAAUGUCGUAUGAGUGGCAUCCGAGAUGAUAGGGUAUUGAUAUUAGCAUAGUUUAGUGCAUGUGAAAGGUAUAGCUAUUCAAUUGGCGAUAUCUGGCCAAAACAAUUACAUAUUAAUCCCUUCUCUACCUAUAACCUGCUAUAGAUGCAC